GAUAAGUCAGGUUUACAUCCACCUCACACUCAGCAUGCUUCUGUGUGUGUGCUUUUUCCCAAUUAGAGAAAGGAGAGAGCCUAUUAUGAAUGAAUGAGCCGUGUGCUGAGGCUGCUGCUGAUGCUGAGACUGAGGAAGGGUGUGCACUCUGCUUUAUUGUUCUCAUCUGACAUACGCCUUGAAGCACACUCUGGAAACUUAGAGCAAACCUUACAGCUAUCCUCUUGGUGCCUACUGUUUAAUUAACGCCUUCCUUUAUUAGCAUCAUGAGACAGGAGUUUUCUUCUCAGCUCUAAACCUGCUUUACUCUGAUUCUACUUAAACACAACACAUACUGAAGGUUUGCAGGAGAACAAUAAUAAAGGAGACUGGAUUUUCUUAUUGUUUUCUGUCCUUCUAUUUCUUAAGCUAUCAGAAAUGUGGCAAGAAGCAAUGAGGAGACGCCGCUAUUUUCUUGAGAGAACAGAAGAAGUGGUUAUUAAGCAAGAGCAACAGAAGUCCAGGGACUGGCUCUAUGAGUCCUAUUACUGCAUGAGCCAGCAGCACCCCCUUAUCGUCUUUCUGCUCCUCAUUGUGAUGGGGACAUGCCUGGCAUUGCUUGCUGUCUUCUUUGCUUCAGGGCUGGGAAUUGAAGACCAUAUGGCAUUUUUAAUCACAGUUCCAACAGCCAUAGCAAUUUUCUUUGCAAUCUUUAUCCUUGUCUGCAUUGAACCUGUAUUCAAGAAACUUCUAAGGAUUUUCUCAUUGGUCAUCUGGAUAUGUCUAGUUGCUAUGGGAUAUCUUUUUAUGUGUUUCGGAGGCAUCAUAUCAGCUUGGGAUCAGGUUUCAUUUUUCUUAUUCAUUAUAUUUGUGGUAUACACGAUGCUUCCGUUCAACAUGAGAGAUGCAAUAAUUGCCAGUAUUUUGACCUCUUCAUCUCAUACAGUUGUUUUGAGUGUCUACUUAUCUUCUUCUGAAGGUGGAACAGAACACUUGGUCUGGCAGAUACUGGCAAAUGUGAUUAUUUUUAUCUGUGGCAACUUGGCAGGAGCCUACCACAAGCAUCUUAUGGAACUUGCGCUACAGCAAACAUAUCAAGAUACAUGCAAUUGCAUUAAGUCCAGGAUUAAAUUGGAGUUUGAAAAACGUCAACAGGAGCGCCUUCUUCUUUCCUUACUUCCUGCCCACAUUGCUAUGGAAAUGAAAGCAGAAAUUAUUCAGAGACUGCAAGGACCUAGGGCUGGACACCUGGAAAAUACAAAUAAUUUUCAUAACCUUUAUGUGAAAAGACAUACCAAUGUGAGUAUCUUGUAUGCCGACAUUGUUGGAUUCACUCGAUUAGCCAGUGAUUGCUCUCCAGGAGAACUAGUGCACAUGCUUAAUGAGUUAUUUGGAAAGUUUGAUCAAAUUGCAAAAGAAAAUGAAUGUAUGAGAAUUAAAAUAUUAGGUGAUUGUUACUACUGUGUUUCUGGGCUGCCAAUAUCGCUGCCAAAUCAUGCCAAAAACUGCGUUAAAAUGGGUCUGGACAUGUGUGAAGAAAUAAAGAAAGUAAGAGAUGCAACAGGAGUUGACAUUAAUAUGCGGGUUGGGGUGCACUCUGGAAAUGUCCUAUGUGGCGUUAUUGGAUUGCAAAAAUGGCAGUAUGAUGUAUGGUCACAUGAUGUUACCUUGGCAAACCACAUGGAAGCUGGAGGAGUUCCUGGACGUGUCCAUAUCACAUCAGUCACACUGGGACAUUUGAAUGGAGCAUAUAAAGUGGAGGCUGGUGAUGGACAUGUAAGAGACCCGUAUCUAAAGGAACAUGGUGUCAUUACUUUCCUUGUAAUAAACCCAAAGGCAGAGAAACGAAGUCCCCAGCACCACUUCAGGCCACGGCACACAUUGGAUGGAGCAAAGAUGAGAGCAUCUGUCCGUAUGACACGAUACUUGGAGUCCUGGGGAGCUGCGAAACCUUUUGCACAUCUGCAUCACAGAGACAGCAUGACAACCGAAAAUGGCAAGAUUAGUACCACAGAUAUGCCUAUGGGUCAUUAUCAAUUCCAACGUUGCACUGAAAGAACUAAAUCACAGAAAAAACGAUUUGAAGAGGAGUUGAAUGAAAGAAUGAUCCAAGCUAUUGAUGGUAUAAAUGCACAAAAACAGUGGCUUAAAUCAGAGGACAUACAAAGAAUAUCAUUACUUUUCCAUAACAAAACUCUAGAAAAAGAAUACAGGGCAACUACACUCCCAGCCUUCAAGUAUUAUGUGACAUGUGCGUGCCUUAUAUUCUUCUGCAUCUUCAUUGUGCAAAUUCUUGUAUUACCAAAAACAUCUCUUCUUGGAAUAUCAUUUGGUGCUGCAUUCCUCUGUCUGUCUUUCAUUCUUUUUGUAUGUUUUGCUGGACAACUGUUGCAAUGCAGUAAGAAAGCGUCAGCAUCAUUUUUGUCCUUACUGAAAUCAUCAGGAUUAAUUCUAAACAGACCAUGGCCUCGAAUUAUUCUUACUGUGACUUCAACCACAAUCAUUUUGACCAUGGCAGUUCUUAACAUGUUUUUCCUAGAUGAUAAUUUAAUUUCUAUAAAUUCAAUGUCCAACUGGUCAAACACAAGUUCACAUGUGUCUACAGGAGAAAAGAAAUGGCUUGUACAAAAUAACUUUUUCUUUUUACCGUACUUUAUAUACAGUUGUAUUCUUGGAUUUAUUUCUUGCUCUGUUUUUCUACGGAUAAAUUAUGAGUUGAAAAUGAUUAUCAUGCUCAUCGCGCUGGUGGUGUACAAUAUCAUUCUUCUUCAUACACAUGCAUCCAUGCUUGAAGCUUACAGUAGAUAUCUAUACGCAACGGUGUCCAUAGAAAGGCCAGGUGUUCUGAAAGACCUGAAGACAAUGGGAUCUGUAUCUCUUUUCAUAUUUUUUGUCACCUUGCUUGUUCUAAGUAGACAGAAUGAAUAUUACUGUAGGUUAGACUUCUUGUGGAAGAACAAGUUUAAAAAAGAACGGGAAGAAAUUGAGACUAUGGAGAAUUUAAAUCGUGUUCUUCUGGAAAAUGUGCUCCCUGCUCAUGUGGCUGAACACUUCCUAGCACGAAAUCUAAAAAAUGAGGAUUUAUAUCAUCAGUCAUAUGACUGUGUAUGCGUAAUGUUUGCCUCCAUUCCGGAUUUUAAAGAAUUUUAUACGGAAUCUGAUGUCAAUAAGGAGGGUUUGGAAUGUUUAAGACUACUAAAUGAGAUAAUUGCAGAUUUUGAUGAUUUAUUAUCCAAACCAAAAUUCAGUGGUGUUGAAAAGAUAAAGACUAUUGGAAGUACGUACAUGGCAGCAACAGGACUCAGUGCCACGCCAAAUCAGGAAUACAGUCAGGAAACAGACAGACAGUAUAUGCACAUAGGAACAAUGGUAGAGUUUGCAUUCGCACUUGUGGCAAAACUGGAUGUCAUAAGCAAGCACUCAUUCAAUGACUUUAUGCUUCGAGUGGGUAUCAAUUAUGGGCCAGUAAUAGCAGGCGUCAUUGGAGCACAAAAACCUCAGUAUGACAUUUGGGGAAACACAGUAAAUGUUGCCAGCAGAAUGGACAGCACUGGUGUUUUGGGUAAAAUACAGGUUACAGAAGAAACAAGCAAUGUAUUGGUAGCUCUAGGAUACAUUUGCACUUGUCGGGGAAUAAUUAAUGUUAAAGGAAAAGGAGAAUUGAAAACAUAUUUUGUACAUACUGAAAUGACAAGAUCAGUGUCACAGAGCAAUGUGGCAUUCUGAAAUUUUGGAAAAUAACAAUCUUAUAUCAUCAACAAUAGUCUGACAUUAAAGAUGCAGCAUUAGCCAAUAAGUUAACCAUAAUUCAUACAACGUGGAUGUGUUUCAUUUUUACAUCUCAUUAUGAUUCUUACAUUAGGAGCACCCAAUUACUGAUUACUUUAUCAGAUACUAUCUUAGGCCCUGUUUUGUACUGAAGUGUCAUACAGUAUGUUUAUUUACCACUGUAUUUUGCUAAAUUAUCUAAUUAAUUAAACAUGUA